AUGGAUGGUCUUUCGGGAGCAGCAAGCGUCAUCGCAGUGAUCGACAUAUUCGCCAAGAUCGUCUCGCUGUGCGUUCAAUACUCUACAGACGUUAAGGACGCAAAGAACGAUAUCGGACGCGUGCAAAAAAAGGCCGACGCCAUCAACCGCACGUUGGAGAGGAUCAAGCAGCUGCUUGAUAGUCAAGACAAGACAUGUCCCUCUGCCACUAAAAGUCUUUUCGAUUCGCUUCAACAAUGUCUUAAGGAGCUAAAAGACCUAAAGCUAGAGCUAGAGCCAGGCAAGACUCGCAGAGGUAUGAGUCGAUAUGGCUUGCGUGCGCUUAAACGGCCGUUCAAGAGCAAGCAGGUGGACAAGAUUGUUUUAAACUUAAGCGGAUACGAGCAGACCUUCAACUUAGCACUGCAAGUCGAUCAGACAACUCUCUUGCUCAGCAUAGAGCAGAAGCUGGGCCUUCCCAAACUACCUGUAGCAACAGGCGCCUACUUCAACUCCCAUGACGAAGAGCACAACGCACGAUGCCUACUAAACACUCGCACCUAA